AGCAACAUGGUGUUCAAAGUCGUAGUUCUCGCCGCCGUCUUGGCCGUGGCCCGCGCCGGCGUGCCCUUCAGCUACUCCGCCGCCCCCGUGGCCCACGUGGCCCACGCGCCCGUGGCGUACGCCGCCCCCAUCAUCGCCGAGCCGCGCGCGCCCGCCCACUACGACUUCGGUUACGCCGUCAACGACCCCCUGACUGGAGAUAGCAAGAGCCAGCACGAGGUCCGUCGCGGGGACAUCGUCCAGGGCAGCUACUCGGUGGUGGACCCCGACGGCACCAAGCGCACCGUCAACUACGCCUCCGACCCCCACAACGGCUUCAACGCUAUAGUCCACAAGGAGCCGCUGGCUGUUGCCGUCAGGGCGGUGGCACCAGUGGCGCACGUCGCCCCCGUCGCCAGGGUCGCCUACGCCCCGGCCCCCCUGCACGCGCACUCGCACGCCCAUGCCAUCCACUACUGAGCACGAUUGUUGAUUUUGUAAAUUAAUUACGUUCGUUAUG